AUGUCUAAGGUGACGACUAGAGUAGGAACCAGGAAAUUGAAUCAGAAUCAAGCGGUUGCAGCCGUCGCAUCGGCCUCGGUCGCCGCAGCAGUGUCCAGCGCGAGUGCCAGUGUGUCGUCUGUCGCUGCUGCUGCCGGUGUUGCUGGGGCUGCUGCGGCUGGAGCUGGAUCGGCUGCCGGUCUGCCGUCGUCCGUCUCGCCCGCGCUCUCGUUCCAAGUCACUGCCAGGUGCUCAACCACCAAGGCGCGCGUCUCACGGCUGGUGCUUCCUCACAGCACAGUCGACACGCCAGUGUUCAUGCCGGUCGGCACCCAGGGUACGAUGAAAGGGCUGACCAGCGAGCAGGUCGAAAGCUUGGGCUGCCAGCUCAUUCUGGGCAACACGUACCAUCUUGGCACACGUCCGGGACCCGCAUUGCUGCAACAGCUCGGUGGACUGCACAAGUUUAUGAACUGGAAUCGCUCUCUUCUGACGGACAGCGGUGGCUUCCAAAUGGUCUCGCUUCUUGCUCUUGCAGAAAUUACAGAGGAGGGUGUGCGAUUCCAGUCCCCGCAUGACGGCAGUAUGCUCAUGUUGACGCCCGAAAAGUCCAUGGAGCUCCAGAAUGUCAUUGGCGCCGACAUCAUGAUGCAGCUCGAUGACGUGGUGAGCAGCCUCAUUUCCGGGCCGCGCGUUGUGGAGGCCAUGCAUCGCAGCAUCCGAUGGCUUGAUCGCUGCAUUGAGGCGCACUCGGCACCUCACAAGCAGAGUCUGUUCGCCAUCAUCCAAGGCGGUCUUGAUAACAAUCUCCGAACACAGUGUGUCGCAGAAAUGGUCAAGCGUGACCUUCCAGGAUACGCGAUUGGCGGAUUGAGUGGAGGUGAACAAAAAGACCCGUUCUGGCGUGUUGUCGACCACUGCACGAAUUUGCUACCUGAAAACAAGCCUCGCUAUUUGAUGGGCGUUGGUUAUGCCGUGGAUCUUGUGGUGUGCUCUGCAUUGGGCGUCGACAUGUUUGACUGUGUUUUUCCGACGCGAACAGCGCGAUUUGGCACUGCUCUUGUGUUUGAAGGCUCGCUACCUCUCAAGCAUCGCAAGUACGCCAACGACUUUGCGCCCAUUGAAGCCGAUUGCACCUGCAGCACUUGCCAAAACUACACGCGCGCCUAUCUGCACUCGAUUGUCACGCGCGAAGAAGUCAGCUGCCAUUUGGUUAGCAUCCACAAUAUUGCCUUCCAAAUGCGCCUCAUGCGCGGCAUUCGGCAGGCAAUUGAACUCGACCAAUUUCCCGCUUUCGUGCACCGCUUUUUCGCUGCCCAAUUCCCCGACCGCAACUUCCCGCAGUGGGCCAUUGACGCCUUGCGCGCCGUCAACAUUGAUCUUGCGCCUGGCUCUGCGCCCAGCUCCACGAGCGAGGCCAUGCCUGAGCCCAUGCAGCAGAACUAGCGCUGGGAACAAUUCGGGCUCUUCCUGUUGUGGCUGCUGUUGCAUGAGUAUGCCGUGUAUUUCUUGUAAUACAAUCAUCACAGACAAAGGCA